AUUCAUAAGGAGCAGUAUACAAGUUUUUUUGAGUUUUUUAAGCUGUGUCAGGCUUAACCUCCAAGUCUAUGACUUAAGUUUUAAUGUACUAAAAUUUUAAUAUUGAAUAUAAGCCGUGUCUCACUUGAAACACAUUCACAUCUACAGGAACAGAGGAAACUGAUGGAACUAGGAUGUGAGUGUAAUCAAAGAAAUUUAGAAGAAGUUGUUUAAAGGACAUAAAAAUGAUCCAUUCAGGGCAUCUUUUGGGUCACAUAUAACUGGCAGUUCUAAACAGACACAAGAAAAACCUUUUACGUUCAUCUAGAACAACUCAACUUGGCUAGAGUCCACAUGCUGUCUACAAAUAAAAGAUAACACAGCCACUGACAAAUUGAGAAAAACAUGGCAUCUGCAAGUCCCCAAACGGUUUUAGUUGAUGAUUACAAAGAACUUUUGAUCUGUAUUAUCUGCUUCGGGACAUUGAAUGAUCCUAAAUCGAUAUCUUGUGGACAUUCCUUUUGUAAGGGAUGUAUUGGGAAAUGGAUGGGAGAACAUAAAGCAAAAGGGAAUGAUCGAUAUCCAUGCCCUGUAUGCAAUAAGCAACUCGAAAUUCCAAAGAAUGGUGCUGAUGCAUAUGGCACAAACAUAACUAUCAAGUCUAUGGUUGAGAUCUUGGAGAACCAGCUGACCAAAGGACACAAUCAGAAUGUCAACUGUGAUAUUUGCAUUCAAGAGGGUGAAGCUGUACCUGCCAUGUCCCGUUGUGUCGAGUGUGCCGAACACAUGUGCAAGCCUUGCAAUAAAGCCCAUCGAAGAUCGAGAGCAACCCAAUCCCACACAAUCUAUGACUUGACUGGAGAUGCCGAGAAGGAUGCUAGAGCUGCCCUGAAUAAUUAUGUAAAGCGCAACAUAGAAUGUCCAAAGCAUCCCAAUCAGCCUCUCAGAUUCUUUUGCAAGCAAGAUAAAGCUGUUAUUUGCAGGGACUGUUCAAUCACAGAACAUCCUGGUCACAACUGUCAAGCCAUUGAAGAAGCAGCAAAAGGAGAAGAACACAACAUAGCUGCAUUACUUGGUUUAGCCACUCAGAGGAAAGAAAUAUUUGAUAAAUUCAUCCAAUCAGCCCAUGAUUCCAUUCAAUCAUGUGAGAGAAACACACAAGCUGUACUCCGAGACAUAGAUGCCGAUCAUGCUGCUAAGAAGAAACAAUUGGAUGAACAUUUUGAUAAGCUCAGAAAUAAAGCCAAAGCUGUUGCUUAUAAGAAAAAGAAGAAGAUCCAAGCAAACCAGGACCAGUUCCAACUAAACAAAGGGAUAACUGAGAGUACAUUGCUUCAGUUGAAUCAUCUCAGAAAAUAUAACCAUCCUGUAGAUGUCCUCAACUACAGUGCUAAUGUACUUAAGAAAUUGGAAGAAUGGUCCACUUUGCCUGAAGAGAAUGUUGUACCUCUUGACCCCUACAAAUAUCAACCUGGCAUCCUUGAUACAUCUAAUUUGGGGAAGAAGCUGAAGGUUCCAAAGUACCGUGAUCCUAAGAUAUCCAGAAAGGUACAUCUACCUGACAAGAACCCAGGAGUAACAUUCAUAUGGGGUAUCACAAGAGGAUUUAACAACAACAUUGUUGUAUCUCAUGGUGACAAAGGUCUUGCAACUUAUACUGCUGAUUCCUUUACCCUGCAGCAUAAAGCCCAGGGUCACUUCUGGGAUGUGUGUUGUAUUCAGUCUCAAUGUUAUGCAGCUGUUGAUCGCAACAACAAAUGCAUAGCAGUAUUUGAUCACAAGCUGGAGCAUCAGAGGAAUAUUGGGAAGUUUCAAGAUCCCAUUGGAUUAUGUGAGACAGCAGAUGGUAAACUACUGGUUGUUGAUUAUGGUGCCAAGUGUGUCUACCUUAUUGACUGUAAUGAUGGGAAUGUAUUGGCUACUAUUGGUGAAGGAAAGCUCACAUUCUCUCGCUAUGUAACAAUAAAUCACAAAGGUAUCAUAUUUGUGUCUGAUACUUGGGGAGAUUGUGUGAAGAGGUUCACCAUGCAAGGUGAAGAGGUACCAGGUGCAUAUGGCUCCAAUGGUGCAGGAAAAGGUCAGUUGAAUGAUCCAUUGGGAGUCUGCAUUGACGCUCAGGACAAUCUCAUCAUUGCUGAUCAUAAAAACCACAGAGUUCACAUGGUAGACCCUAAUGGGACAUUCAUCAAGUACUUGUUGGAGGCUGAGGAUGGUGUGAAGUACCCCCAAUGUGUUGCCAUUGAUCAACAAGGUGAUCUCAUUGUGGGGUC